CAAAGAAAAACAAACGCAGUUGCAAAGGCAUAUACAGAAAUAAAGAAUCGUUAAUGUCGACGGCAGGAACACCGUUGGAUCCGCAUGAUAAGAUGAGGGCUAGGGACGUGAGCAAAGUGGCGCGUGGCGAGCAAGCUCCGAGGCCCCCUCACGAAUUCGGCACCGUUUCUCCACCUCCUCCUCCUUCUUCCACGGGUUACAUCGACGCUAAGAGAAGCAACCAGGAUGAAAAUGGUGCCAAAGUAGCAACCACGGAUUACCAAACGCGGCACUGUUACGUAAAGUAUGUGGAAUAUCACAGAUGCAUUAAGCAAAAGGGCGAAGAGACAUCUGAAUGCAAUAAACUUCGCAAUUCUCUUAAGUCCUCAUGCCCAACUGAAUUGAUUGCAGAGUGGGAUAAGGAGAGAAGAGAAGGACAGUUUCCUGAUGCGUUAUAGGCUUGAUUGUAUUAUCUUUUAUUUUG